CAUAGUACUGUGAUACGAAUAAAAUACAUUAAACUUCAGAUUUACCUUUUUUGAGGUUUCUGAAUAGUCUAAAUCUUAAUUUAUAAGUUCAAAUAUAAUAUUCUAAUUGGUACAAAUUAUAAACUAAUGCUAUUACACAAUUUAAAAAGUUAAAAAUUCUCGUGCGUGAUAAUAAGAAAAAAAACAUUUGUGGUCCAACAGAUUAAAAGUUUAAUACUUACCUAACUAGUUAAGUAAUAAAUUUAAAAAAAAAAAAACUAUGUCUGAGGAAGACAAAAUUGAAGACUUUGCAUAUGUUGAAGAAUCUCCCAAAAGAGGACCAACUCUUUCGACUAGCACUAGUAGUUUUGAACGCAAUGAUCCUCAUGAUCCUAAUUUAAGCUUAUUAUCCACUAAAAUGUUUGAAAAAACAUCUGAAUAUUUGAUGGGGGAACUUAAUAUUACUGAGGAGGAUUAUAAGUUAUUGGAAACAAUGAAUAAAGUAACUAUGCAAAAAUAUGCAUCUUAUAGACAAAUUGCUUCAGAUGUUGGCAAACAAAUUAUUGAACUAAAUGAAAAAUAUAAAUCGUUAGAACCAUAUCUUUCACAAAUUGACCAAAUCGAAGAUAGUGUUUCAAAGCUAGAACAAGCAGCGUUUAAGUUGGAUGCAUAUGCCAAGAGGUUGGAAGCAAAAUAUAAAAGUUUAGAAAAACGACAAUAAUUUUAAUCAUAUAUUUAAUUUUUUUUUAUCCUGUGAUAAGUUAUGCAUAAUUAUAUAGAAUAAUAAAUAAAUACAUCUAUUAUUUAUUUC